ACCCCCCUCUUCUUUUCUUCCUCGAAAGAAAAGGGCGGCGAGAAGAGAACCCUACGUUGGUUGCCGGCGGCGAUGGCGUCCACCUCGGAGGCUGAGGGGAGGGACAAACCCAUCGUCGUCCGUGUCAAGCGCAAGCCCUCCCAGACCCGCCCCAACGCUUUCUGGCUAGAGAUCAAUGAAAGGCCGGUGAAGAAGGCUAUGCUCGAUUUCUCUAGCCUUUCAGUCUCCGAGCCAUCCGCCGGUCCUAAUAAAGUUUCCGUGCUUACAGCUUCAGAGGAACCACGAGUUAAGAAACUUCUGGUACAGCACAUUGAGACCGUACAUCAUUCUGAGGCUGUUCAAGAUGUUUUGCACUCUCUUCUGCAUUCUGAUUUGGAUGCCAAAGAGAUAAAGAGCAAGACAAAGGAGUGGAACAACAGAACUAAGCAAGAUAGAAAACAAGACCAGCUAAGAUCAGCAGCCAGACAGAGGCAUGAGGAUCUUGGAAGAAAUGCUCGCUUUGCACAAAUAUGGAGAAGUCGGAAAGGAGACAGGCAUGAAGUUGAUGAAUCACUGCGAGAAAUAUGCCAUCUUUAUGAUGCCGUGCAAGUAGAUUCUGAUGAAGAGAAGCAUCCAUCAGAACCAAGGAUUACCUCUUUUGAAGAGGGUGCAAUUUUGUGCAAUUUUCUUCCACUCAUACGGGAACACUUGCCAUCGGCUGCUGAAGAAAUUGAAUCAGAUAUUAUUUCACUGGCACCAUCAGAAGAUUCAGAUGUUUACGACAUAUAUACUGUCAAGGAGGUGGAUGAUACAUCAAUGGGGGGCACAUCUUCAGCUCCAUACCCACUGUUACAAGUGGAUGAUGAUUGUGGCGUAAGUUAUGAUGAUGACGAUCCUUAUGAUACAGAUGAUUCUAAUGCCGAAGAUAACCCAUUGUAUGAUUAUCCUGAAGAGUUGUCAGAGGGUGAGGAUGAUGGUUCCAAUAGCGAAAAUCCUUUUUCAGAUAUAGACGGUUCUGACCCCGAGUACGAGAAGGAAGAGGUGGAAGAAGAAAAUGAUGAAGACGGGAGAUAAUUGUUGGGUGCACAUAUAAUGAUAUAAAUAUGGGUGGUAUAAUUGCUGAGAGAAUUCGAAAGUGCCAUCCUUGAAGGCAGCUCACUGGAUAAAAUUGUCAUGUGAUGCAUAUUGCUUUGUGAAUGAAAACCUCAGUGCUCUUGCAAAGUGCCAUCCUUGAAUUGCACUCCACUGGUGUUGGUUUUGCUCAUCUGAUUACAGUUUACAAGACUCUGUGCUGCCAGCUGAUGUUUGCAAAUUGGCAGCUCGCUUGUUCGGUCAGAAGUUGGCGUC